AUGCCUCCGUCAGCUGCAAAACGUCGCAGUCGACGACGAGAUGUCAACUUGCACGAUGACGCCGUGGAUAUGGAUGCUCUGGACUCAUCGCCCACUCGUCGUUCGGUGAAGAAGCGCAAGGUCGAGCACACGUCUCAGCCGGACUUUGAAAGAACACUCGAACUAGCCUCUGCCGACGAGAAUGAAGACGAAAACGAAGUCUCCGCUAACCAGGACCUGGUCGACUCCGUAAUCGCCAAUCUGGCAGUGGCAAAGGACCCCGUCUCCGUCAUGGCCCAUCACUCAAACGCAAGGACACAGCAGGAAAACAAAGAAAGCGUCGAAGCCUACGCUAAGAUUGCCGGCCGCGACUGGACAUACUAUGUCAAAACCCUCCACGUUAAUAUCGGGCGGCCGCCGGAUCGCGACCAGAAGCUCGAUGCGCAGUCUAGUCCCAUCACAGUCGCUGCACAGGCACUGCCGGAUGUACACAUUGACUUGGGCCCGGGCAAGUUUGUCUCCAGACUACAUGCGGAGAUAUACUAUGAUCGCAACGACCCUCCGUGCUGGCGCGUGAGAGUGAACGGACGUAAUGGCAUUCGUGUGAAUAACGCCUUCUACAAACGUGGUACUGCCGCCGCCAUCUCGUGCGGAGAUAUACUCGAAAUCGCCAAUACCCAGAUGAUGUUCGUGACGCCCGGUGAUCAAGCUGUCAUCGAUCCGGCGUUUGUCAGCCAGGCUCAGAACGGCGUGCAAGCUACUCAAGAAGAUGCCACGGCUGCCUGGGAUAGUACCUACCAUUCACACCCUGUCAGCAAUGCCGGCCCGCGACGCAUGUCCUUUGCACCUAGCAGCAGAGAGCAGGCGGCAGCGAACGGUAGUCGUCGAGCAGAGCUUGCGAAUGCAGCUACGGUGACUCCAAAGCGACAGACGACGCCCGCCCAACGACCGCAGUCGAGAGAUACGAUCGAACCUCCAGCAAAGAUGUCGCCAAUGUAUAAUCGUGGAAUGAUGAUGGAAAGUACCGAAGAGAUCGACUACAGCGAGGACGCAGCCAAGGAUAUCAAGCCGCCAUUCAGCUAUGCGAACAUGAUUGCGCAGGCCAUCUUCUCUACCGAAGAGGAGAAAUUGUCUCUCAGCAAUAUCUACAAGUUUAUUAUGCAGAGAUAUGCUUUCUACAGGCAUUCACAGUCUGGUUGGCAGAACUCCAUUCGACAUAACUUAUCUUUGAACAAGGCGUUUCAAAAAGUUCCUCGUCGCACUGACGAGCCGGGUAAAGGCAUGAAAUGGCAGAUCGUCCCAGAACAUCGAGAAGAAUACUGGAAGAAACAGGCCAAAAAGAGCGGACAAUCUUCCACUCCAGCUUCCCCCAUCGGCAAGGAGAGAGCCAACUAUCAGCCCAUCAACGGUACCCUAAGCACCAACGUAGAGAAGAAUAUCGAAACCUCUUCUCUCGCAGGCAAACCGUCCCCGCAGACGCAGACUGCUUCACCAGGCUACCAUUCUUUCUCCGUCGCUCCAGUUGAAGCAUACACGCCUGACCGUGGCUCACGAAGCGGUCUAGGCAUCAACGGCAGCGGUGCACACCCUGACUACGAAGAACAAUCCCCCUUACCCAAUGGCCCGCGCAACAACGUACCAACCCGCGCAUACGGCCUAUCCGACAAUGCAGUCGCCUCUCCUCCCGUUCUCUCCUCAUCAUACUACGACGACGCAGCCUCGUCAAUGAUCACCCCCGCCCCCUUACGCCAACAACCCCGCCUCGCACCCCCAAGCACCGCUCAGAUCCCUUCAAAAUACAUGCAACUCAGCUCGCCAGCCCAGUUCUGGAAAUUAGCUGACAUGGGCAACACGCCCGCCAGACCCAUGCCGGAUAUGAGUCCGUUGAAACCAUCCAUCGGCGCCGGAGAGUCUAGUACCGGCCGUUGGAACGCGCUGAACAAGAUCCCGAGCAGCAGUCCGCCACCAGCGAACUUGGGAAGUCCAAGUAAACCGCCCUCAUCAAUUAGGCGCGGAAGAGAAGCUAGUGCUGGCAGAGAGAGAGAACGUGAACGCGACAGCGGCACUAUGAAACAUCACCAGGAUAGCUGGGAGGAUGAUGACGAUGAUAACGACGGUGAAGAUACAGGGUUUGAUCUUGCAAGGGGAUUUCAACCUAUCGGUUCUUUCCAUCGACAAAUCAACAAUGCUGCAAGAGCAGGUUAA